GGCAUUAGGCUUUUAUUUUGUACAAGCUUUUAUUUUGAAAUGGUUUCCUGCCUUAGGAGUUCCAGGCGUUAGUUUCCUGUUAGUGGUUAGAGGAAAAUGGUGGAAUCCAUCAACAUGCUUUCGUCAUCCAUUGCAAUCCACAUCGUAAAUGCUGCAGAGGCAAUGUCUUUUCACUCUUCUGUCUGUGACAUGAUAUAAAGAGCCACAGUAAACAGCUUGAGAAGCUUACUACGACUCAACUCGUCAUUUGCAGAAAGAGUUUAGCUAGUUGAAUAGCUGCGGUUGCUACACCGUAGUGAAGACAACAUAGUGAAAAGACAAAGAAAGCUGGCGUUGUACAUCGUGGUAAGAUGGAUAGCAAACAAAGCGACAGGGAGUCAGUGGCCAGUAAAAGAAGUUCACGGUCUUCAACUUCAUCAGCUGGCUCAGUAACACGUGCUCGUGCUAAAGCGGAGGCAGCUAAAGCACGCGCUACAUUUGCAAACAAAGAAGCUAAAGCUAAGCUAGAAAGAGCUGCAACGGAGGCUAAGCUACAGAAAGAAAAGGCAGAAAAAGAAGCGGAAUAUUACAAAGAGAAAGCAGCAAUCGAGUUCGAAUUGCAGCUAGAGAACGCAAGAAAGGAUGCUGAGCUAGAAGCGCUUGCUAGUUAUCGCGAAGCCGCAGCGGCCGAAGCUGAAGCUGCCGUGUGGGAAGAUGCAAUGGACAAUUUUGUUGUACUGGAUGAAGCAGGCCCAUCAGAGAAGGACAAACUGGAGCGUACAAGUGAAUAUGUCCAGUCUCAAUACGAGCUACACUCAGGUGAAACCCAUCCACGUACCAGGUCACUAAGGCAAGCAGCCAUGAAUGCUAGUUCCCAAGUAUCUCAGCUUCCGACAGAUGAAACCCCUCAAGGAUAUUCUUCCAAUCCUUUCUCUCCAACAUGGCAGCCGCCUGUUAGUCCUAAAGAACCGUCAUAUGCAAAAAAUAUUACCAACCCUGCAUUAGCAAACUAUGGCUCGGAAAAUGUGCAAACACCUUCAGCUAUUAAAGUGGAAAGGCAAGUCCCACGAAAGGAGACUGACCAUCAGACAAACAUAAACAUGCGUACCACUUCCUCAGACAACUCUCCUCAGCCUUCCUUUCCACGCUACAUAUCAACAGCUAGCCAUGGUGCACCCGGAGCGGAACAUCUAGCACAGUUCUUGGCUCGUCGCGACCUGGUGAGUUCAAGUUUAUAUAAAUUUGAUGAUAACCCAGAAAACUAUCGAGCCUGGCAUUCAUCAUACAUAAACGCCACUCAAGGGCUAGGCCUCACAGCCACGGAGGAGCUAGACUUAAUGACUAAGUGGCUCGGUAGAGAAUCCAGCGACCAAGUCAGACGUCUCCGUUCAGUGCACGCGACGAAUCCUGUCGUAGCACUCAGAAGGGCCUGGGAACGUCUCCAGGAAUGUUAUGCAGCACCCGAAGUCAUCGAAAGGUCCCUUUUCAACCGGCUCGAUCAUUUCCCAAGGCUUUCAGGGAAAGAACACACAAAGCUACGAGAACUAGCCGACCUGUUAAUGGAGGUGCAGGGAGCCAAGGAGGACGGCUACCUCCCAGGCCUGUCUUACCUGGACACCGCAAGAGGGAUCGAACCCAUAGUUGCAAAACUGCCUUAUGGUCUUCAAGAAAGAUGGGUAUCCGCCGGUUCAAAGCACAAGGAUGAAAAUAAUGGACGAUUUCCCCCAUUCGAGUUCUUUGCAAGUUUUGUACACCACGAGGCACGGAAAAGGAAUGACCCUAGCUUUGCCAUUCAAGGUACUAGCGGCUUAGCUGCGAAGCCUGAAAGGCCCUCCUUUAGAAGUAACCAAACCCCUAUAUCAGUUCACAAGACGGAUAUAGCCUCAACACACUCAAACGACCUAAAAGGAACCGGCGAUCCAAACAAAACCUGUCCAAUACAUGGUAAACCCCACCCACUCAGACGAUGCAAAGCCUUCAGAGCCAAACACCUAGAGGAAAGGAAAAGCUUUCUCAAGGCAAAGGGAAUCUGCUUCAAAUGCUGCAGUUCAACUACGCACUUGGCAAGAGACUGUCCAACUACAGUCAAGUGUAUAGAGUGUGAUAGUACCUACCACGACGCUGCUAUGCAUCCGGGUCCUGCACUUCAAGACGGGGCUCCCUCAACCUCACCACACAACGGCGGGGAGAGAGAAGAGAGCAGUGACACUAAAGCCGUCGUCAGCGCAAGCUGCACCGAAGUUUGUGGAGCACGACAAGUCGGCAAGUCAUGUUCCAAGAUUUGCUUAGUGAAAGUAUACCACAAACGUCAACCAGACAAAGCCAUCAAGGCCUACGCCAUAUUGGACGACCAAAGCAACCGAUCGUUAGCAAGGUCUACUUUCUUCGAGCUCUUCGACAUCAAGUGCGAACCAUAUUCCUAUUCUUUGAGGACGUGUUCCGGCACAACAGAAACAUCCGGACGUAGGGCUGAAGAGUUUGUGGUGGAGUCACUCGACAGCAGGGUCACAAUCCCUCUACCACCCCUCAUCGAGUGCAACGACAUUCUUGACAAUCGGUCAGAAAUCCCAACGCCAAACGCAGCUCUAUGUCACCCUCACCUUCGCAAGGUAGCAGAACACAUUCCAGAAGUUGACCCCACAGCAGAGAUUCUCCUGUUACUCGGCAGAGAUAUCAUUAGAGUUCACAAGGUACGGGAACAAAUCAAUGGUCCACACAAUGCCCCAUUUGCCCAACGCCUAGAUCUGGGCUGGGUGCUAGUAGGAGAAGUCUGCUUGGGGAAUGCACACAAGCCUACAGUUAGCACCUUCAAGACAGCUGUGCUCGACAAUGGCCGCCCAUCGCUCCUUCCACCUUGCACCAGUUUUCUACGAGUCAAAGAAAUGGUUCCUUGUAGCAGGGAGACAAGACACACCUCCAGUAAGGUUACAGGAGAAGUGUUGGGACAAACUGUUUUCAAUCACACAGAAAACGACAACAGGUUGGCACCCUCAUUUGAAGACAAGGUUUUCUUGAAGCUUAUGGACGAAGAGGUCUUCAGGAAUGAGUCACAAAGUUGGGUAGCUCCACUCCCAUUCCGACAACCAAGACAAUACUUACCUAACAACCGGGAACAGGCAGUGCAGCGCUUUGGAUCACUUCAACGAAGCCUGAGUAGGAAGCCAGAUAUGCAACAGCAGUUUGUGGCCUUCAUGGGAAAAAUAUUGGAGAACGACCACGCCGAAGUCGCACCACCUCUGGCAGAAGACGAAGAAUGUUGGUACCUGCCGACCUUUGGUGUGUUCCAUCCACAAAAGCCAGGUCAAAUCAGAGUGGUUUUCGACUCAAGUGCUAAACAUGCCGGGGUUUCCCUCAAUGAUGUGCUCCUCACAGGCCCAGACCUGAACAACUCACUUCUUGGAGUUCUGUUGCGGUUUCGGAAGGAAAAGGUUGCUGUCCUAGCGGACAUACAGCAGAUGUUUCACUGCUUUGUGGUACGAGAAGAUCACAGGAACUACCUCAGAUUUCUUUGGUACAGGGACAACGAUGUGACCAAAGACGUCAUAGACUUCAGAAUGAAGGUUCAUGUCUUCGGCAACAGCCCGUCUCCCGCAAUAGCUAUUUACGGGCUUAGACGAGCUAUCAGAGAGGGUUCCCAAAAACAUGGGGAAGACACAGUCAACUUUGUUAUGCGUCACUUCUACGUCGACGAUGGCCUUUGUUCUAUGCCAACGGAUGCGGAAGCCAUCGACUUACUGCGCCGAACCCAGACUUCACUUGCCGAGUCUAACCUCCGCCUUCACAAGUUUGCCUCAAACAGUAAAGAAGUCUUGCAAGCUUUCCCACCAGAAGACCGUAUAGGGGCCUCAAAGGAUGUCGACCUCAGUGGGGAAGCUGCACACACUCAACGGAGCCUGGGUCUUCUAUGGGAGAUAACCAGGGACACGUUCACCUUCUCUGCUUCAACUGAUAUGAAGCCAUUUACUCGCCGUGGAGUCCUCUCCACGGUAAACAGUGUUUUUGACCCUUUUGGGUUCGUGGCCCCGGUCACUAUUCAAGGAAGAGCCCUUCUCAGGGAACUCACAGUCGAACUUUCUGGUUGGGAUGCACCGCUACCUGCAGACAAAUUGAAAAAGUGGGAGGCCUGGAGAGACUCACUCCAAGACCUCAAGCUCCUUCACAUACCAAGGACAUACACAGCAGUCUCUCUAGCUAAAGCGGUGAGAACUGAGCUCUGCGUGUUCUCUGAUGCAUCCACUAAAGCCAUUGGCGCUGUGGCAUACUUGAAGGCCAUACAAGAAGACAAACAAAUUCAGAUUGGAUUUGUUAUGGGAAAGUCAAAACUGGCACCUCAGUCUGAACCAACCAUCCCAAGACUCGAGCUAUGUGCAGCCGUCUUGGCCGUGGAAAUGGCAGAGCUAAUUCAGGAUGAACUGGAUGUUAAGCUGGAUUCAACCAAGUUCUACAGCGACAGCAAGGUUGUUCUUGGCUAUAUCUACAACGAAAGCAAACGUUUCCAUGUCUACGUGCAUAAUAGAGUUCAGCGUAUUCGCCAAUCCACGAAACCCGAACAAUGGCACUAUGUGCACACAGAGGAAAAUCCUGCUGACCAUGCAUCGCGGUCAGUUCCUGCUUCACGUCUGCCAGAAACAACGUGGUUCACAGGGCCCAACUUCCUCUACAAAACUCCCGACAAACCAGUAAAGACAUUCGAUCUCAUCAAACCAGAUAUGGAUGUAGAGAUCCGUCCAGAAGUAAGGAGCUAUGCCACAAAGCUCGAAGAGAAAGGACUCAGCUCAGAACGCUUUCAAAGGUUCUCCAGCUUCAAGACCCUUACGAACUAUGUCAAGCGAAGGAGGUCAUCAUCAGAGCUGUUCAGAAGGAAGCGUUCAAAAAAGAAUUUGAAGCUUUGGAGACAUCUAGGCCAGUCCCCUUGA